UGCCACUUAUCAUUAGAUAUGGCCACCGUUACAGAGCACCCCGAAGCGUCAUCUUCAACUUAAUUUUGUGCUAUUUCAUAGUCAUUUUGCAGCUCGGUCAGCGCGGCAGGCGAGAUGUUGUUUUUGGCGAGCUAAUGUUUGUUUUUACAUGUCUUUUGGAGGCGGUUGUUACUGCGUGGCAGGAUGACUGUGAGUCUCUCCUAAACUGGCCGCUUGGUCCCGCAGCUUGUCGCAGCUGAAGAAAAUAGAACCAGUUGCCAACCCCCAGCGGUCGGCAUCCAGCUUUUUUUUCCUAUUGCUUUGCGGGUCGCUACACUUUCCCCCGAGGAUUCCUACUUAAUGUUUGGCCCACGGAGCGUUGACUUUAGCAGCCGCUUGGAUUUCGAGGUGGUUAUGUUUACACGUUAAUGGUAAAAUUAUUGGCUGUAGACUUGGGUGGCUAACACCAACUAGCUAUAUAAGCCGAACUCGUGCGACGACAGCUGUCAUUGGAGAAAGGAAAGUGAUCCCCGCAGAUGCGUGCGCCAAUGAAGCGGUUUUCUGUUGGAUUUACAUCAUCCGCUUCUCCAUCAAAUGGGCAAAGUUGGGAAUAACAUUGCAGCGCUGGAAUAUAAUGAUAUGCGUUGUGCAUUUUUGAGAACUGCGGUGUUGCUUCAUUGGAGAGAGGCUAGCUAGCUCCAUUAGCUUGCUAGCUAGCUGGGUGAUAAGUGCGACGUUUCAUCCCCCUUAUUUUGGACAUGAAGAGGAUAACUCUCUAUUCAUAGGGCUGGAAGAAUGUCAUCAGAGGAUAAGACUGUGGAGCCCUCUGACCAGGGACCCUCACCGCCAUCAAGCAGUGUAGGGGCCACAUCCACAGGAAGUCCUGCCCACGCAGACAAGCGACCACGUGGCAGGCCGCGCAAGGAUGCUGCUGCCCUCCUACCCCAGGCACCACCCUUAUCCACGUCUAAGAACAGAAAAAAGGGUCGCACCAGAGGGAGAGUUGUUGUGGAUGAGGAGGACAGCAUGGAUGGGACUGAGAUAACAGAGUCCAUAGACCCUCAGGACACAGAAACACAAAUCCAGCCGGUGGAGACUGUGGAAGUGACCAGUGAGGUGCCAGAGGAGGACAGGCCCUCUUCCCCUCUGGCCCAGAGCCCUCUAGCCGAGAAUUCAGCAGGACCAUCUGUCCCAACAAGUAGAGAAGUCAAAAGCAGUGAGCGUCUCUGUGCCUUCUGUUACUGCGGUGGUCGUAGCCUUCUGGGUCAGGGGGAUCUACAAGUAUUCACCGUCACGUCUCAGCUUGAAGCACUCUUCAGCCACAAAGCUGAUGGGAGCUCAACAGGCGAUGGCAGCGAUGGUGAUAAAACUGCUCAGCCAAAAAUGGCCGAAGAGACCACCUCAGGACAGAAGGAGAAGAAUGGGUCUGAAGGCUGCGAGGAUGAGCCAGACCCAGCCAGUCGAUUUUGGAACGAGCUUUCUCAUGUCGGCCUUCCAGAAGAUCUCAACGUCCAGUCUCUCUUCGAGUCAGGGCAAUGCUGGGCACAUCAGAGUUGUGCCUUGUGGUCCGACGGUGUUUGUGAGGGCGAGGGACAAUCUCUGCUUAAUGUGGACAGAGCCAUUGACUCAGGGAGCACAAAGCACUGUGCAUACUGUAAGCGCCUUGGAGCAUCCAUUAAGUGCUGUGCUGAAGGAUGUGCUCAACUCUAUCAUUACCCCUGUGCGGGGGCAGCUGGGACUUUUCAGGAUAUCAGAAGUCUCUCACUCUUAUGCCCAGAACACAUUGAAUUGGCCACUCACAAAUUUGUAGAUGAUAUAAAUUGCGUACUAUGUGAUAGCCCAGGGGAUCUACUGGACCAGCUCUUUUGCACCAGUUGUGGUCUGCAUUACCAUGGGAUAUGCCUGGACAUGGCUGUGACCCCUCUAAGGAGGGCAGGUUGGCAGUGCCCUGAGUGCAAAGUCUGCCAGACGUGCAAGAAUCCAGGAGAGGACACUAAAAUGCUGGUGUGUGACAUGUGUGACAAAGGGUACCAUACCUUCUGUCUGCAACCUGUUAUAGACUCUCUUCCCACCAACGGAUGGAGAUGUCAGAACUGCAGAGUUUGCCUCCAAUGUGGAACGCGAACCAGCGGCCAAUGGCACCACACCAGCCUGCUGUGUGAGAACUGUGUCCAAAAUCAGGACCCUGCUCUGUGUUGUCCUAUGUGUGCCUGCAUUUUGGACCCUGAGCACCAUAAAGACGUAGUAUUCUGCCACACUUGUAAAAGAUGGCUACACCUGGAGUGUGAGCGUCAGAACUCAGGCCAAGCAGAAAUCCACCCCAGAGAGGACUAUGUUUGUUCCAACUGCAGGUCUCCUGCUGCAGAGCAGGCGCUACAUCCAGAGGAUAUGGACACCGGCCCAGAGCUCAGCCCUCAGCCAGCCUCCAUGCACACAAACUCUGAGACUGGCGUACAGCUGGCUCAAAAGCACACAGACCUAGAACUUGGCAAUCAGCUGCCUCCUGAAAUGCACAAAGACCCAAAACCGGAAUUACUUGCUGUUCCAUUGCACUCAGAUCCAGAGCAUCUACAGGCUACUGUCCAGGAGGAGAAGCUGGCCACAUCAGACACGAAGCCUGACAUCUCUGUGGGAGCAGACAUAGUAGAGAGGCAGGUUACUGAACCUUCUGUCAAAAUUCCAGCAGAAAUUAAAUCAGAAACAAAACCAGCAGUAAGAGCCCAGCUUGCAUCUACAGAGAGUCAUGCGUCUUCAGUGACUCUGAGCCAGGAGGCUAUUCCAGCGCAACACUCUACGGAGGGACUACAGACACAGGACACCACAAUACAAAUCAAACCAGCAAAUACUGAGGCCUGCCCUGAAAAGGGCAUGGUCAACCCCAGCACAAAGGAUUUUAAGGCCAUCAUCUCAACCACCAAAGAACCAGGUACUGCAUCAGUACCCUUCACGGACCAACCGAUGGUAGUCGCACUACCCCAGCCUUCAAAUAUGGAUGUAGUCAGAGGUUCUUUCCUGGAAACUAAUCCAAAAGAACUCAACAGUGAUAGGAGAGAGGGUAUUUUUCACAGAAACCUGGCAGAGACUGUUAAGCCCUCCACUUCUACAUCAGAAGAGAUGGACACUACACCGGAAAAGCCAAGUAUGCCAUUUCCCAGUUUGUCUUUAGAGGAGAAACCCCUUAAAACAACUGUGGAAAGGCUAGCUGAAAUGGUUUCUUCACCUUCCCACUCCUCCCCUCUGGCUCGAGGGACAUCUCCCAGAGAACUAACUCAGACCCAGAUUCUAACAUCAAUGAGUGACCACAGCAGUGUAAUGCCCACCACCACUCUCAUAGCAUUCACCCCCAAAAUUGGGAUGGGAAAGCCAGCCAUCACCAAGAGGAAGUUUUCUCCUGGGAGACCACGAGUGAAACAGGGUGCAUGGAGUCCCCAUAGCAGUGUGAGCUCACCCUUGUCCUGGUCACCAGACCAGCCAGAGGGUUGGGACGUCCUAAAGACCAGGCAGUCCUCUGGCAGUCCCGGCUGGAGCAUCAGAGUGGGGCGAGGCUCAGGCUUUCCCGGGAGGAGGCGGCCAAGAGGGGCUGGUCUGUCAGGUAGAGCAGGACGUGGCAGGGCCAGAGGGAAAAAUGGAGUGAGUCCCAGCAUCAACCCUGGGGUCACCACAAUAGAAAACCCAUACCCAGUCAAGGAGGAAGAGGAGAAUGCAAUGCAUAACACAGUGGUCAUAUUUUCCAGCAAUGAUAGUUUUACACUAAAACAGGACAUGUGCGUGGUGUGUGGGAGUUUUGGUCUUGGUGCAGAGGGCCGUCUUCUGGCCUGUGCUCAGUGUGGCCAGUGCUACCAUCCAUUCUGUGUCGGCAUUAAGAUCACCAAGGUGGUGCUAAGCAAAGGCUGGCGCUGUCUGGAGUGUACCGUAUGUGAGGCCUGUGGUCAGGCCACAGAUCCUGGCCGCUUGCUGCUAUGUGACGACUGUGACAUUAGCUACCACACAUACUGCCUGGACCCUCCACUGCAAAAUGUUCCCAAGGACAGCUGGAAGUGCAAAUGUAAAGCAAUUGUGACCAAGAUCAGAGACACCACUGAGCCACUACCAGUAACACAGAUUGUCACAAAGGCUAAAGAAAUUGAUCUGUCAAGGACCUACACCCAGGAUGGUGUUUGUUUGACAGAGUCAGGACUUUGCCAACUCCAGAGCUUAUCUGCUACAGCGUCACGGCGGAGGAAGCCCAAACCAAAACUUAAGUUGAAGAUCAUUAACCAGAACAGCGUGGCAGUGCUUCAGGCUCCAGUCGACCCCCUCUCAGAGCUCUCUCGUGAUGAAGACAUGGAGGACAACAGAGAGGCGGAGCUCCUAGAUUGUGAGGCAAAGUCUGACUCAAGCCUGGAGCGAGAGCCAGCAGAAGAUGACUCCAAGGGGGCUGACGGCGGCAAGAAGAGGAAGAGGAAACCGUACCGGCCGGGUAUCGGUGGGUUCAUGGUCCGUCAAAGAAGCCGUCCAGGCCAAGGUCCGGGCAAGGCUAAACGAUCCCUCUGCAGAAAAGAUUCUUCUGGCUCUGUGUCGGAGAAUCUCAUUGGAAAAGAUGAAGGCUGGCCAGAGGCACUGCCGGAAACUCCUGUUGAUGAGACGCCCCCCGGACCGGAAGUUCCAGAAAAAAUAAAGAAACGAUAUCGAAAGAAGAAGACAAAACUGGAGGAGGCAUUUCCAACCUACCUGCAGGAGGCUUUCUUUGGAAAGGACCUGCUAGACAAAAGCAAGCAGAGCAGGCAACAGGGGGUCGAAUCAGGAUUACUAGAAGACGGACAAAGCCAAGUGGAGAGGAAGCAUCCCACUAGCAGUUUUCUGGAUCCCUCAUCAGACCCUCUGCUUAGCGCAUCAACAACAUCCAUUCCCCCCAGACCAGGAGCAGCACAGACGUCUGAGGAACCAUUAGUUGAUCUAUCUGAUGUUCUGAACACUGAUGCAGACAUCUUGGGAAUGCUCGGAAAGCCAAGCAAUGACUCUGGUCUUGAUUUUUGCCCCUUCCAGGUUGACAGCUCACCUCCUCCUUUUGCUGGUCUGGACAUUGGGCCCCUGGCAGACAGUUCCCCAGUGGCGCCCCAGUCUCAGGCAGGCCGGAGAACACCUCGAACCCUCUCAGAGGAACCCCUGGACGGCAUUCUCAGCCCAGAGCUGGACAAAAUGGUUACUGAUGAGUCAAUUCUCAGCAAACUUUACAAAAUUCCAGAGCUGGAAGGAAAGGAUGUGGAGGAUCUCUUCACAGCAGUCCUGAGCCCCAGCACGAGCCAACCACCACCACAGGUGCCUCACCCCCAGGGUCCAGGGCCCCUCCCUGCCACACCUGGCACUAGCAUGCCUCACCCCAAUGCAGGGAAUCCCAUGUUUCCAAGAAUGCCAAUGAUUAAUGGUAUGAUGGGACCAAACCAACGCUUCCCUACAAAUCAUGGAGCAGGGCCCUGCAUCCCAGAAAAUUUCUCUCCCCUCAACCGUAUGCCUUUCACUGACAAUCCGAGGGAAAGAAAGUUUAAUCAGAUGCCUAGAGAGGCAGUUGGUCCAUGGCCCACCCCUACCCAUGGCCCUGGCCCUACACCCCCUGGUUCUUUGCCCGAGGGGGACACUGAAGCCAUGUCAAAUGCCCAAAGGAGUACACUCAAGUGGGAAAAGGAGGAGACACUUGGAGAACUAGCCACCGUUGCUCCUGUGCUAUAUACUAAUAUCAAUUUCCCCAACCUUAAAGAAGAAUACCCAGACUGGUCUACAAGAGUGAAGCAAAUUGCAAAACUUUGGAGGAAAGCUAGUUCACAAGACAGGGCCCCAUAUGUGCAAAAGGCAAGAGAUAACCGAGCAGCCCUGCGCAUCAACAAAGUCCAGAUGUCGAAUGAGACCGUGAAGAGGCACCAUCCACAGCAACAGCCCCCUGAGGUGUUUGAUCCCAACAUACCACUAGACACAGAUCUCCUGUUUAAAGACCCUUUGAAACCAAAAGAGUCAGAGCAUGAACAAGAGUGGAAGUUUAGACAGCAAAUGAGGCAGAAAAGCAAACAGCAAGCCAAAAUUGAAGCCACUCAGAAACUGGAGCAAGUAAAGAAUGAACAGCUUCAACAACAACAACAACAGCAACAGCAACAACAGCAAACUAGUCAGUCAGAGGGAGAUGCCAACAACAGUGGUAACCAAAGCCCAGCCUCCCAGCCCAGUAAUGGCAGCAUGUCCCCUAUGCAGCAGGUCAACCCAAAAGAGAGCUUUUCCAGGACGCUAUCAGGGACACCCACUUCAGGUCCUUCAGAGGAUGUGUUCUUGCGACCCCCUCCUCCCCCUCCCUCUGGGCCUUCCUCCCAACCUCAGUCUCCACAAGUUUUCUCACCAGGUUCCUCUGGUUCCAGACCAUCAUCUCCAUGGGAUCCAUAUGCCAAGAUGGUUGGGACCCCAAGACCUCCAACUCUCGGACCAAAUGCGUGUCGAAGAAUGCCCAUGGAAUCUGGUAAAUCACCCACCUCCUUGAUGGAGCAGCAGGACAGAGGGAGGCCCUCUCCUGCUCAUGAAUCUUUUGGUUCUCCCACAUCAAUGACCAGUGAUCCUUACGCCAAACCUCCUGACACCCCAAGACCCACUGGUGAAGUUGACCCUUUUCUGAAGCCCAUGGGUCCCCCCAGAGGCAGUCAAGCUGCUCAAGGAAGGCCUCCAAUGGGUUCUCCUGGCAGAGACCCAUACUCAAGGCCAAUGAUAAGAAAUGAUGCCUAUCAGCGCAUGACCCAGAACAGGAUGAUAUUGUCUGACCCUUAUUCAAGACCUUUACUCACGCCGAUACCUGGAAGCAAUGAGUCUGGCUCUGUCCCUCUAUUUAAAACACCUAUGCCCCCUCCUCAGGCUCAGGAUCACUUCAACCGACCAGGCCCACAUCCUACUGACAGAUUCUCCCAGAAUCAGCAAACUGACCCCUAUGCCCAGCCUCCACACACCCCAAGACCGUCAGCGAAUGACAACUUUACCAGUCCUCCCAGGAUGGGCCAGCAUCACCCACAGGGGCACUCCUUUGCUCAGCCAGGACCAAUUACUCAAAUAUCAAGAAAUCCUUAUGCACAUGCACCUUCCACUCCAAGACCUGACCACUUCACAUAUGACCCUUUUGCCCAGCCUUCUGGUCCUAGCAAGCAAGCUGCUGACCCUUUCUCUCAGCCUGGAGCUAACCACCGAUCCAUCAAUGAAGCAGGUGCUCAACCUCGACCGUUUUUUGAGCCCUAUGCUCGACCACCUGGCACCCCACGUCCCCAUGACAACUAUGGUCAACCACCAAACACCCCCAGCCCAUCCUCAGAUCCCUACUCGCAGGCUCCAGCUACACCUCGUCCUAGUGGAAUGAACCAGUUUUCUCAUCAGUCUCACCCUGGACAGAGGAUGUCCCCUUCGCACUCAAUGGACCCUUAUGCUCAGCCACCAGGUACUCCCCGGCCAUCAGUGGGGGAAAGGUUUUCUAAGUCACCAGGCAGCAUGAGGGGGUCAAUGGAGCCAUUUACCAGUACACCCGGGACACCAAGGCCAGGGAGUAGUGACAUGUUUCCCCAGCCUGGAGUCCCAAGACCAAUGCUGAAUGAUCCUUACAGCCAUCCUCCAGGCACCCCGAGGCCUGGUCCUGAUGGGCUUACCAGACAAGGGCCAAGACAAGGACCAAUGGGAAGCCAGGAUCCUUUCUCCCCAACCCAAGGUAGACUUCAAGAGCCCUUCCCUCACCCAGACUUACAAACACCAAAACACCCCAGUGUUUCAGACGAUGGAUUUAUUCAGUCACCCUCAAGAAGACCGAGUCAGACACCUGUCCAUGAUCCAUUUGAACAAGCACCCAUGACCCCUCGUCCACAGUCAGAAAAAAUGGAAAUGAAAGAUCAGUCAGUUGUGGGUAACAAUGGAGCUGGCCUUCAGGACCCGGUCCAACUGUCCAACAAUCCACAAAUUCCUGUUUCAGCAGCAGAGGCUCAAACUGUUGCUCUUGCUGAGUGCGAUGAAAGACUCAGACAGCGACAACGAAUUAGAGAACUGAUCAUCAAACAGCAGCAACAGAGGAGUGCCACCCGACAGGAGAGGGGCCCUCAGGAGCCUGCUGGCAACAUAACCCCAGGAACGCCACGGCCAUGGCCCCAAGAGGGUCCUGCUCAACCAGGGGAAAUAUUCACCCGGCCUCCUCCGCCUUAUCCUGGACAAGGACCUAUUAGAGGGCCGAUGAGGUUUCCUGGACAUUUUCCAGGGGAUCAGCGUGUAGCCUUUCCUAAUGAAGGUCAAAUGCCCCGCGGCCCACAUCCUGGAGAUUUGAGACAUCAGGGACCAAGGUUUGCUUUUCCACCUGGAGCUCUAGGACCUCAUCGGUCUCAAGACUUCUUUCCAAGGGGGCAACACCCAAUGCAAGAUGUCCCUCCUCAAAUGAGACGGUCUAUGUCUGCUGAAAUGGCAAAAAACAUGGGAGCAAACCCUAUGGGGAUGCCCCAGCACUUCCCUCCUCGUGGUAUGGCAAUGCAGCAGCACAACAUAAUGGGGCAGCCUUUUAUUGAACUGCGGCACAGAGCAGCAGAAAACAGGCCACGCAUGCCAUUCCCUCCUGCCAACAUGCAAGGAAGCAAUUUGGAUCCCAACUUCCAGAACCAAAGGCCUGCAGGUUUUCCAGGAGCACCCGAUUCUAGGUUCCCCUUAAAUCAGGGCCCCAGAAUGAUGGACCCUAUGGCUAACCAAAUUGGCCAUUUACACCUCUCUGCCAGUAUGGACAAUCUUCAUCAGCAAACCCAGAUUCCAGGAAGCACACUCAAACAGUCUCCUCUGAUGAGGUCCAUGAGCCAGCCUGCCUCAAAUGAGACUCCAAAUAUGUCAGCUUCCAUGAUCCUGUCUGCACCCCCUGCUGGACAGAGUGAGACUGUCUCGGUGACGAGCAGAGAAACUGUGGAGGAGAAACUGGAUACAGAAGAAUCUGCAGUCAAAGAUCUAGAGGACGUGGAGGUAAAAGAUCUAGUAGAUGCUGACUUGGAAAACUUAAAUCUGGAUCCUGAAGAUGGCAAAGACCUUGAUUUAGAGACCAAUGACCUACACCUUGAUGACUUCCUGACAUCUGGGAAAUUUGACAUCAUUGCUUACACAGACCCUGAUCUAGAUGAUAUCAAGAAAGACAUGUUUAGUGAGGAGCUGGAUCUCAGUGAUCCUAUGGAUGACAAUACUGAUGCCACAGAUAUCAACAAAAGCGCAAGCACCGUAACCGAGGCUUCUUCCAGUUCAGCAUCUGUACUGGCAAAGUCAGAGACUAUGGGUGAGCAGUCUGCAGUUGAAGUCAAGCUGGAGGUCCCUUUAAAUAAGGACUCAGCUGCUCUGGCUCCUGGGCAGGAAAUUAAAGCAGAGGUCAAAGAUUGUCAACAACCACCUGAUGUAGUAGACCAGCAAACUGCUGGAAAUACCUUAAUCUCCGAUAAGAAAGGAGUGCUUUCUGACUCCACCCCAGUCCUGUCUAGUUUACUCAUUAAGCAGCAGCCUGAAGAGCAAUCAUUAAACCCAAUUGUUGAGUCUGUCAAUCAAGGAGGUGACCUCAUAGCCCAGCAGAACCAAGUCGCUGAUGCUCAACAUACCUCUGGACUUACAAUGAGUCAAACAAUACCUGACACAGUCACUGCAGGAGAGGUUCCCCUGAGUGGCUUUGGGCCAGACCAUCAGGUUGGACUAACAUCUGGAGUGGACCAGAGCGGUCUCACCCAGGCCCAGCAGGCAGUGUUAAACCAGGCAAUGGGCCAGAAUUCCCAACAACAUCGGCCACUUCUGCUUGAGGAGCAACCACUCCUAUUGCAGGACCUCCUGGACCAGGAGAGGCAGGAGCAACAGCAGCAGAGGCAGAUGCAAGCAAUGAUACGACAGCGCUCAAGCAGCGACUUCUUCCCCAACAUUGAUUUUGAUGCCAUCACUGACCCCAUCAUGAAAGCCAAAAUGGUUGCUCUUAAAGGCAUCAACAAAGUCAUGGUUCAGAACAACAUGGGAAUGCCUCCCAUGGUCAUGAACAGAUUUCCACCUGGUCCAGCACCACCUUGUCCUGAAAGUGCACCACUUCCUCCACAAGUUGUUGGACAGGAUGGAAAAUUGACACAAGUAACAAGACCAAGUCCGCCAAAUUUCGGACCUGGAUUUGUCAACAAUGCUCAGAGGGCUCAGUAUGAAGAGUGGCUCCAGGAGACUCAGCAACUACUUCAAAUGCAGCAGAAGUUUCUGGAAGAGAAGAUCGGCGCCCACAGGAAGUCGAAGAAAGCCCUGUCUGCCAAGCAGAGAACAGCUAAGAAGGCAGGGAGAGAGUUCCCUGAGGAGGAUGCUGAGCAGCUCAAACAUGUCACAGAGCAGCAGGGUGUAGUGCAAAAACAACUGGAGCAGAUCCGCAAGCAGCAGAAGGAGCAUGCUGAACUGAUUGAGGAGUACAGAGUAAAACAGCAGCAAAACAAUAUGACACCUAUGAUGCCUGCAAUGCACCCGUUGCCAGGCCCCACUGGCAUGGUGCCCAGUGGCCCACCAAUGGUUCAGCCUCCUAUAAAUCCCAUGAUGCAGAUGCCACUUCAUCCCAGCCAGCCAAAUGUACCUCCACGUAUGCCCAACGCACCACCUGGCUGGCAUCCCGGUACUUCUAUGCCCAUGGGAGGACCAGGAAUGCCACAUAUAAUGCCUCCCCAGGUACCUAUGGGAAAUUCAGCCCAACCGCUUCAGAUGCCAAUGGGUAAUGUACCGCAGCACUCUCAAAUGCCUUUGGAGCCCCAAGCACCACCUGCUCCUCCAGGUGCCAUAAAACCCAUGCAGGCAGGUGGUGUGAAGUUUGAUGACAACAACCCAUUCAGUGAAGGCUUCCAGGAGCGCGAGCGGAGAGAACGGCUCCGGGAGCAGCAGGAGAGACAGCGGGUGCAGCUCAUGCAGGAAGUCGAACGUCAAAGAGCACUUAAACACCGCAUGGAAAUGGAGCAGCAAGGGAUGAUGGGAUCGGAUGGGAACAUGGCACCACUCUCUCAAAUGCCAUUUUUUAAUGCAGAGCUGCCACAAGACUUCAUGCAGCCACAAAGGCCUCCUCUGCAACAUCAACAACAACUUGGACCAAUUUUUCCUCAGCAGCAGGGCAUGCAGCCUGGUAUGGGCUCAGUGGCUGGAACAUUUAUACAGGGUGAGAGGAGAGCCAUGGUGGGCAAUGGCUUGAUGCCACCAGAGAUGGGGCCUGAUAAUGUUGCUCUGCAAGGACCAAACUUUCCUCACGGUCAGCCCAGGCCUCGUCAGUUCAGUGGACCAGGAAUGCUUCCAAUGCCAGGUGAGGGUCCACCAUUUGGGGGUGACUCGUCAACACCUUUACCAUCCAACUUUCCAGGCUCAGGUCAGUCUCUGAUUCAGCUUUAUUCCAACAUCAUCCCAGAUGAGAAGGGGAAAAAGAAGAGGAACCGCAAAAAGAAGAAAGAUGAUGAUGCAGAUUCAGUCAAGACACCUUCCACUCCCCACUCAGACCUUACAGCCCCUCUCACACCAUGUGUCUCAGACACUUCCUCUACUCCAACCAGAAAUCCCCAUCUCUUUGGAGAUCAGGAUUUGUCCAGGUCCCCUUUACUGGGAUCUUCCACCCCCAGUCACUCAGAGCUUGAGCGGCAACUUUCUGGUGGGCAAUCUGGACAAUCUGCUCUGUCAUCAGAAGCAGCGAGGGCCCAGGCACAAGCUCAGGAACAUGACAGAAUCCUCAGCAACAUAAAGCUGGAGCAGACCGAUGCUAGUGAGUGUCACGGACCAAAAGAAGGUUCCAUUGGCCCAGAAAUGAGCUCUGUGAAAGAAGAGGGUAACAAAGGGAGCGUGUCUCCGUUCGCUGCUGGGCAGAGUCCAAACAAAGGAGAAGCUGGUAAUGAACUAUUGAAGCACCUUCUGAAGAACAAGAGUACACCUCCACCUGGAUUGUCUCAGCAGAGAUCAGAGGAAAGCCUGCGGUCAGAGGAGGAGGAAACCACUGACUGCAAAACCUUACUGAGGCAAAGCUCCAUGGACAGCAAUGGGGCAUACUCAGAUGGCACCCAUGACUUUCCUGGACCUCUGCUCCCCGAGCAGAAGAAGAAAGGGAGAAACAAGAGAGCACCAAAAGCAGGAGAAAAACCUGUUUCUCGCUACAAGAAGAGGAAAAAGGAAGGAGAUGAAAGGCAACUGAUGCACACUGGACCAGACUCUGUAAUGACCCAAAUCAAACAGCAGCUCUCUCUGCUGCCUCUCAUGGAGCCUCUGAUUGGGGUCAACUUUGCCCAUUUUGCUCCCUACGGCAGUGGCCAGCUCAAUGGAGAGAACCUUUUGUCUGGUACUUUUGGCAGCGCCUCACUAGAUGGAGUUUCUGAUUAUUAUUCCCAGCUGGCCUACAAGCAGAGUAAUUUGAGCAAUCCACCGACCCCGCCGGCAUCUCUUCCUCCCACUCCACCACCUGUGAACCGACAGAAAAUGAUCAACGGUUUUGCCACAACCGAAGAGCUGGCCAGCAAAGCCGCUGCUAUGGUCUCCAAGGGCCUGGUCCCAAAGCCGCUGCAUGUUCCAUUUAGGAGUGAGGAAGAUCUGUUAGCUCGGGCCAUCGCUCAGGGACCCAAAACUGUGGAUGUUCCAGCUUCUCUUCCCACACCACCUCACAACAACCAGGAAGAGCUCAGUAAUCGAGGACAGGAGCCUUGCAAGGAGAGGGACACACCUGACAGCUUUGUUCCAUCUUCAUCUCCCGAGAGCGUGGUUGGCAUGGAGAUCAGCCGUUACCCAGACUUGUCUCUGGUAAAGGAAGAGCCGCCAUCCCCUUGCCUGUCUCCUGUCCUCCCCAUGCUUCCUGCACCUGAUGGGAAAGGGACCCAGAUCAAACUGCAGGAUGUCAAGACUGAGCCUUCUUCGAUGUUCUUUGGCUCCCCCUUUGGCUCCAUGUCUAAUGAUUCCAAACAAGGGAUGGUUUCUGUUGCUAUCACUCUGAGACCAGCUGCAGCUGAGAACAUUACCGGUGUGGUGGCAGCCAUUUCAGACCUCUUGUGUGUGAAGAUCCCCAGCAGUUAUGAGGUCAGCAGCACCCCAGACAGGGGGCCCCUAUCUAUGGUCAGCGGUCAAAGGGUGGGCCCACAUGGCAUGGAGCCACGGCCUCCCAUGCUUUUCAAUGGACAAGGAGACACUGGAGGACUGCAUGGACGGCCGGGACAAAUGAUCAGAACCAGUGGACCACAGGGAAUGAUGCAGCAGCAGGCACAUCAUUUCCGUUUCCAUCCCAACAGCCCAGGCAAUGCUGGAGCUCGAGGACCUGAUCACAAGAUCCCUGGCAGCUCUGGAUGUAAACCCCAGUGGUGCUGCCACUGUAAGGUGGUGGUUCUGGGAAAUGGAGUGCAGAAAGCCAUCAAAGACCUCCCUGUUCACAUGAAGGAAUCUGAAGGCCGUUUUAAAUCUGAAGACGACUUGGUCUUCUGCAGCCACAACUGCUUCCUUCUCUACUGUUCAUCACCACCACUGCAGUCCAGAUCAACCACAGAAUCUAAGGAGUCUGUGUCCCUCCUCCCAGCCUCUGAGCAAACAGAGAGCCUUUCUAAAACUCAGCACCAGUACAGUAACAACAUGUCCUCCCUGGAUGUCCAUUGUCUGGCCCAGCUUCAGCCAAAGCAGUCACCCCCCUCUACACCUCCCAUCCCAUUCCCUUCAGCAGGUGAGACACCCAAGACUGACGCAAAAUCCGAUGCCCUCAAAGUGACAGUGAAGCUGAAGUCCAGGCCAAGGGCCCACGACGGCUGGCAUCAGGGAAAGAGACAGAAAGGACUCCGAUGGAGGAAAUGGACUGUCCAGGUGGUGGUGCCAAGAGGGAAUUCGCAGCUCCCGGAUGAGGAUAAGAUUGAUGAGCUCCUGAAGAAGCUUGGAGCCUCCCUGCGCCCUCCAGUGUCACUCAAGGACCAGAGACGCUGCUGUUUCUGCCAUCAGUUUGGAGAUGGAAUGACUGAUGGUCCUGCCAGGCUGCUCAAUCUAGAUCUCGAUGUGUGGGUUCAUCUCAACUGUGCCCUUUGGUCGACUGAGGUGUACGAGACUCAAGCUGGCGCCCUCAUCAACGUGGAGCUUGCGCUGCGGCGUGGUCAAACGAUACGAUGCGCCUACUGUCAGCAGACCGGAGCCACCAGCGGCUGCCACCGCCUGCGCUGCACCAAUGUCUACCAUUUCACCUGUGCCCUGCAUGCUCAGUGCACCUUUUUCAAGGAUAAGACCAUGCUCUGCCAUGCCCACAGGCCCCGGGGAACAGCGGGACAUGCUCUGGAGCACGAGCUGCGAUGCUUUGCCGUGUUCCGGCGUGUUUAUGUCCAGAGAGACGAAGUGCGUCAAAUUGCCACGGCUGUGCAGCAGCCCGAGUUAGGUUACACCUUUCGGGUAGGCAGUCUGGUGUUGCAUGCGAUCGGCCAGCUCACACCGCUACAGAUGGCGUCCUUCCAUUCCUCAACAGCCAUCUUUCCAGUUGGCUAUGAAGCUUGCCGCAUUUACUGGAGCAUGCGCCAUGGCAAUCGCCGCUGUCGCUACAUCUGUUCAGUUGAAGAGAGAGACGGGAUACCAGAGUUUACCAUCAGAGUCAUCGAACAAGGCUACCAAGACAUGGUCCUGACUGACACCUCUGCUAAAGGAGUGUGGGAUAAGGUGCUAGGCCCAGUUGCUGAGAAGAGAGCUGAGUCAGGCACUCUGAAGCUCUUUCCUGUUUACCUGAAAGGAGAGGAUCUGUUUGGGCUCACAGUUCCUGCAGUUGCCAAGAUCACAGAAUCGCUCCCAGGAGUGGAAGCUUGUGACAGGUACUCGUUCCGUUACGGACGCAACCCUCUCGUGGAGUUGCCUCUCAUGUUCAAUCCAGCUGGUUGUGCCCGCGCUCAGCCAAGAACAAGCUCUCCCUACACCUCACUGGUGAUAAGGCCUCAGCCACAGGCUGUAUCCAGCAGCAGUGCCAGGUCUAACCAGAAUGUUGCCCAAGGAGAAGGUGGCGCCCCCCAUAAUAAGCCUCCGGUGGUGCACCCCAGGUCCUCCCAGUACCGCUGGAUGAAGAGUGAGUGGCGAGCCAACGUCUAUCUGGGCCGCUCCCGCAUCCAGGGCCUGGGGCUGUUUGCUGCUAGAGACAUUGAAAAACAGACAAUGGUGAUUGAGUACAAUGGAACCAUCCUCCGAAAUGAGGUCGCCAUCAGGAAGGAGAAAAUCUAUAGGUCUAAGAACCGGGCAGUGUUCAUGUUCCGCAUCGACAGCGAACAUGUUGUUGAUGCCACACUUAAUGGAGGGAUCGCAAGAUAUAUCAACCAUUCUUGUGCCCCUAACUGUGUUGCUGAGGUGGUAACAUUUGAGAGGGGUUACAAAAUCAUCAUCAGCUGCAUUCGCAGAAUUGAAAAAGGAGAGGAGCUGUGUUUCAACUACCAGUUUGACAGCUUUGAGGGCCAGCACAAGAUUGCUUGCCACUGUGGAGCUCCUGAAUGCAGGAAGUGGAUUAACUGAGCAAAAUGGAAACGACGAACCCAAACGCAUUCCUUGCCAUAGCGUGUGGAGGAUGCUGUGAUCUCUGCACAGAAUAAAUAAGAGACUUCACACUAAAGUCAUUUUACGAAUGAGCAGAAGGCCUGAGCCCUUGGAGAAAUAAAUGAAUCGGUGUUGGUUCGUCAACAACGUGGAAUUAAAAAUAGGCGGCGGAAGGGAAAUAUAACACAGUAGCAGGAAAUGACUCGUGCCAUAUGUGAGGGGCUCUGUCGACGCCUCCGUCUGUAUGUAUCCGUGUGUUUGUUUGGUGUACAUGGGGUGCGGAAUCCACCAGCGAAUGAGAAAGCACUGUGUGGGGUGCGGCCUUAUUGCUUACUAAGGGCAGGCCCUUUUGUUCAUACUGUUAAUGUAUACCGUUUGACUAAAUGUAGACAUCACUGAAUGAGGAAUGUACAGCAAUGAAUACCGCGAAGGGAAUAUUAACUUGCACUAAAAAUAAAAAAAUAAACAAAAAAAACCCAUACACACACCCACACACACACACACAAGCUUUUAAAUACUUGAUUCCAUGAGUCAGUUUUAUCAUAGGUCUCUGUCAUGUGAUUUGUGUGGAAUUCGAGAGGUUUUGUAUUUAUUACUGAGUGAAUGAAUUUUAUUCUCAAAAUGAGAUCGAGUUAAAAGAAGGCUAGAUUGCUAUUGUUUUUGAAGAUUGAAGAAGACAUGCUGUUACUUUUGUAUAAAUGUACAUAAAAAAAACCAACAAAAAAACUAUAGGAAUAACCGACCAAAUACUACCUUAACCUUCUCGAUGUUUGGGUGUUUUUAAAAAUUGUUUUUGUUCUGUUUGUCAUUGAAAUUUAUUUAAGAUGGACGUUAUUUCAGUUUGAGAGUAUAUAUUAUGAUUAUUCUGUACAGAAUUUGUAAUAUAACCACAAUAAUUCACAAAGUAUUUUUGUUGUAUUAAAAGUACGGUAUUGUAGCGUAGUGUUUUGUGACUUACACUUACUUUGACCACUCUCAAAAAAAAAAAAGAAAUAUUUUUGUUGACUAAUGUAACAAGUAAUCGGUUACAGAAUCAAAAAAAAGACUCUUCAGAUAGUAAAAGAUCAUUGUGAUCUGUUUGCUGUUAAUCAGGUUUGAUUUUAAAGAACUGUGAAUUAGGUUUUAAAACCCAAAAAAACUGCUUUUUAACUUUUUAUCACAAAUGGAAACAGCAACAUGUGUUAACCUGUUUUUUUGUUGUUGUUGUUUUUUAAACGUUACUUUUAACACAAAUAAGGUGCGAACGUCUAAUAAUGUUGUUACUUAGACGAACCACUGCGCGACAGAAAGAAUUCUAUGGAGAACUAUAGGUUGUUCUGCCUUUUGUUUUUGUUUCGUUUUUUGGAAAGAGAUGGCAUCCUGCUUAUAAUCAGAAAUAUUUCUUAUACUGACACUUCACAAGUCACAUGCUAGAAGCAGAGGAGUUUUUGCGUGCACAAUUUCAAGUUGACUGUAAAAUUUUGGAGACAGUCUUAGAACUUGUAAUGUAUAUGGCAUGUAUUUUUUUAACUUUCCGAAGACUCAAUUGUAUAUAUUUUUCUCAAUGAAUGGUUGUAACAAAAUUGUUUCUUGGAUAUUUUUUCUUCUCUUGUACGAUACAUCAUCCUGCCAGUGUGU